GAUAUUUCCACGACACAUAAUUACUGCCGUUCAAUUUGGCAAACGUAACUUUUACGUUGUCGGCCAUCUUUCCACUUCUCACGUUGCACAGUCACUGAAACACUCGGAGAAAAAACGCGAUUCCUCCGGAAAAACAACUGUUCCUUAUAUCCGUCCACUUUAACCGAAACCCUGGGUCCACAACCUGUGGGCAGAGCACCUUGCAGCGUACCGCGGAUUAUACGAAGAAGGACAAAUCGACCGGAAAAGCAAGAGAAACUCGUGACGCGUGCUUUCAGAGGAAAGGAAUAACUUUUAUUGAAACAAUGCUUUUGUUUACAGUUCAAUCAGCACAAAUGAUCAAGAAAUUAUAAAGAAAGGUUUACUCUGUUUUUCGGAACGAGGGGCGCCUGAGUGGUUAUUUUACUCCUAGUUAAAUGUUUCUCAAUGAUAAUUAUCUUUCCGAGGCAUAACGCAUAAUCGUAUCUGUUCUGAGUUGUAUGACACCCAAAAUAGCAAAUUUGGUAAAUACAGCUUUGAUAAUAUUUAUAAGCACUGUUUGCUGUAUUCAAUAAUGUUAAUUUAUUACUUAAAUUCAAAUUUCGAAGAUAGUCAUUUUGAAAAGAAUUUUACUUCCACGUAAAUAACAAAUGCUUACAAUUUGUUAAAAUAAAUUCAAAUUCCUACGUCCCGCGUACGACGGCCACAUGUAGGUACGCAUGUAUUGAGCUCAAUGUAAACAAAUCACAUGGUAGAUAUGCGGUGAUAACCAUCGUACACAUAAGUAACUGGUUUUUUUGGUGAUUCUUUCGGAUGUAUUGGUUUCGGUCUUCUCCACGAAUGCAUUCCUCAGGUGAAAAGAGAUAGCUCUUAAUGUGAAUGGAACGAUCUUCGGUCGUCGUGUCAAACCCGUAGCGGAACAGCAAAUCAAUCACAAAAUCCUGAUCCGAGUGCGUUCACCAAGUGAUGUGGCAUAGCUGAUACGGGACUAAAUCAUUCAAAAUGAUCGAUUCUUUGCUGGAUCUACGCUCGGUCAAUCUGAUCAAUUUUCUGUUCGUGCAGCUGAUUGUGAUUAUUGUGGUGCUGGGCGGUUUGAUUGCCACCAUAGAAAAGUAUUUGCCAACCGCAAUCAGGCAAACGUUCCGCUACGGGAAACAUGCUCUCAAGGGACCCCAAGACCGUUUGGUGUCCCUGUUGGAAGUGCCGAAGUCAUGGUUCAAGCACUUCUACGUGUUUGCUGCCGUUUGGUCCACGGCAGGGUUCUACUUCAUGGCGAGCAAUUACUUCGCUGGACAACCUGCACCCAGCUAUGUGAUUGACUUCCUCGACAUUAUGGCCACCACGAAGCGAACUGCUAGAACCACUCCCACCGAAACAAUGGUAGCCAUCACCCUAAUAACGCUACAAUGCUGGCGAAGGUUUUACGAAACUUGGUUCGUUCAGGUGUUUUCCAACAAGCUGAAAAUGAAUCUGUCCGCCUAUCUGGUGGGAUACAUCCACUACUUUGGCACGGUAGUCGUUAUCCUUUCGCAAGCCGAAGGAUUCAUACGUUCGGAUGGCCUCCCACUGCCAUACAGGUUCGAGCUGACCCCCCGGCUAGCCUUCUGGACCGGGGUGUUCUUCUACGCCUGGCGCUACCAGUUCCAGUCGAAUCUGAUUCUGGCCAACCUGCGGAAAGACCGCACCGGAAAGGUGACCAACCAGAAGCACUCCAUACCGCGGGGUGGGUACUUCGAGCUGGUGUCGUCACCGCAUAUGUUCUUCGAGAUUGUGAUGUACGUUGCCCUGUAUGCAAUUACGGCGAGGAACACGUCUGCGGUGUACGUGCUUGCAUGGGUGCUAUCCAAUCAGACGAUGAAUGCAUGGCUGACGCACCAAUGGUAUCGGGAGAAUUUCGCUGACUAUCCGGCCCGGAGACGUGCCGUGUUUCCUCAUGUGUUGUGAUUGUGCGGGCGGCGAGGGACGCGUGGCUGAUGGGUUUACCCGGUUCGAAACGGAUGUUUUCCUCUCUGGGGUGGAAGGAAGAAGGUAAUGUGGGGUUUUACGAUUCAACGCAAAUUGUUUCGCUUGCGGAUGGUUUCUUGUGCCGGCGUUGCUUCAUGGGUUCGGUAUUUGCAUUGGCAAAGUGUGUGCUGUUUGUUUCUUGUUGUGAUGGAUCGAGCUGUUUGCAGAGUACUACGCAGCAUAAUGUACUUCAAAUACAUUGGGAAAUUGCAACACUAUUAUAAGUUUUUUUGUAAUCAAAAUUGAACCACAUUUUUAGAUAAUCUAACUUGAUUCCACACAUCGUGAAAAUGGUAGAAUUUUUUAGAAAUCAACCAAAGUUUACCUGAUUUUUUAUUAAAUAAAAAAUCUUCUUUAGCUUAGUGAAUUUUAGAAAUUUCCAUCGGUGUUAGAACAUUAACAAAAUAUUAGUUAAUUUUCCGUAAAAUUCUAUGAAUGCCUUUAUAAAAUGCAAAUACUACAAAAAAUCUGGAGUAACACUUGUGCUUGAAAUAUUUCGUUUUUGCAAGAAACGUUCAUACAUUGUCAUACAGUUCCACCCUAGAACACAAAUACAGAGUUUUAAUGAACAUUUUUAUAAUUUAUUUAAAGUAAUUUUACUGGGAUGUUGAUACUGCCUCGAUGAAUUAGUUUUAUUUAUUAUGCAAUUAAAACAUAAAAAA